GUCGAAUGUUUGAGUUUGUACGUUACAGUUGUUGGGUAGGUUCUUUCCUUUUAAGUUAUAUGUUUUCUAGAGAAGUAACCUACAAGAAGUUAUGAAGCGUCGUAAAUCUAGUAUGACGUUCAUUUUCGCACUGAAAGUUAUGAUAAAUAAUCCGCGACAAAUAAAGAAAUUUAUCUCCCUAACUUUUGUGUUUUGCAAGGUUCUUGCCUUAUCGGUUUUUAAUUUAAUUUGACACGAGUGUGUGUAAGCAGUUUACAUAUGCGAGCCUAACUUGUCAGUAUUAGUUCGUUGUUUAUUUUUCCAAUAGUGAUGGUUACUAGCAUGCCACUGUGGGCUCUGUUUUCUGUAUCAAAGUGGUAGUCACUGUGUAACUACGCUUCCCAGUUGAUGAUAAAUCUUAAAAUAUUUAUUUGGCCAAUCAAAAUCCGCUCAUGCAUAAAAUAUGGCUGUGGGAUACGUUAAUGUAUGCUUUAGAGCUUUCGCUACCAGCUCAGAACUAUUCAGCUUAUAGCGCACGCACAUGUUUGGGAACCAAAUUCUCCGUUGGUCGGUCAGUUUUGUGAUGAAUGACGAAAAUGGGAGCCAGAUUCAAGUAUAUUGUUUUAUACCUGUCCCAACCUUGGUUCUCUUUCAUGUUCGGUUUUGGUUUCUGCAUAUUUACAUUUUAUUACUAGGAAUCUUAAAUUCACUUUUAUUCGGUAUUGAUUUCCUUUUCUGUGAGUUUUAUUUGGGGACUACAUACCACUAAAAUUAUUAUUCUUGAGUAUAUGUAUCAAUGAUGGAGGCUUUAAGGUUUUAGUGAGUAAGACCCGUCGUGCUUAACAUUGUGGUGAAAACUUAACCGAUCAUAUAGGAUGCAAGUCUAUGGGCGUGUACUAUACUAAAGUAAAUACUAUCAGUAAAAAUCAAGGUUGAAAGUAACUCGAAAUAGAGUGAACGAAUUACUAAGUUCCGAAUCUAAUGAUAUCCCUUAACAAAUGAAUCUCAGUUUUCAAUCCUACCUCAUUUAAAGAGUGUCGAAUUGAUAUAAUCGUAGUCGAUUUGAUUCAUUUCCAUACAAAAGUCUACCUCACGGCUGAGUCGUAAAUUUCUCCCUUGUAAUAUACGAAUGUUGAUCUGAGUUAGUUAUUCUGUACAGUGAUCCAUCACACCUGUCCAGUUAAAAUUUUAUUUUUUUGUCGGUUUCAAUAGAUUUCGAGGAAAACAAGUACCUGAUUGAGAUUCAUAACUCAAAAUCAUGUUUCCUACUUUAGGAUUUCUAAACUACGCCAUUUUGUUAGAAUCAAUAGGAAUCACUAAGUCGCUUUAUAUCUUUCUUUGUUGUUCGACUUUGUUUAUUGUAUUGGAUUUGUUCUUCUUAGGUGUCAAUGUUGUAACCUCACGUGAAAAAAAAACGAAAUACCCAAUAGCCUAAUAAUUUUAAUUCUUUCAGUUAUCCAGUAGUUCAAGUGGAACCAUGCUUGAUCGUCUCCACUCUUAUGGUAGAAACAAACUUUACUUCUUAAGACUUCGUCGAUUCUGCCAGUUUAUUUUAAAUCUCGGCAGGGAUGGAUUUUAUGACAGCUGGCUGGGAAAGGAAUCUUACUGCACUCUGAACACAUCUGAGGAUUUUAGACUGCUAUAUUCCGAGAAAGCUCGCGUUAUUUGUGCUAUGUGGUACUUUUUGUCGAGGCACAAGUUUAAAGAGGCUGCUAGAUUACUAGCUCACUCAAUCCAUGCAUAUCCAAUGUCAUCGACCUGGAUAUGGCGGGUGGCAUUCCAUAUAUUCCAGUGUUUGAAAGAUGAUGUUGGGUUGAGAUCAUUUAGUAGGGUUUUGGAUGGGUUUCUUCUGAGUGAUGAAAAUAACCGUAUAUUAGAGUUUAUAUUAUAUGAGAUCAGCAAAGGAAACUUGAAUGCUGUACAGUUUUGUCGCACAAAUAUACAGCCUGUUCAACGAAAUAAAUAUGCAAGUCUUCAUACAGUUUUGACUAGAGAGCCAGAAUUUGCACAUGUUCAGCGAUUACAAAGACUCUAUGAAGGUUACAGCUUUUAUGGAAUGUGGCUUAAACAAAUUAAUUCAUUAGUAUCAGCUAGUGAUCCCGAUGAUAUUCAUAUGACAGCCGAUAAUUUAGCUGAGAAAGCUUACCAUCGAUUACAGGAAGUUGAAGCUCUCGUUUCUGAGGGUCAUUUAUGCGACACCUUUGUCAGAGCAUUUGUUGAAAUACUGCAAUAUUUUAAUGAAUGUACACGUGCACAUGCCUUACUACUUAGUUAUGCUCAAAAAGUUCCUGAAAACCCAAACACCUUAAGAUAUCUAUGCGAAUGGCAUAAACGUCAACCUGUACCAAUUACUCAUUCAUCAGCAGUUUUGUCUCCAUCUCAUCCAAUAACCAAAAACUGUCAUGAUUCCUCAGCAUGUAGUUUAGAUCUAAGUGACGGUAAUACAACUGUUGAUGAAACUACACAAUCGCAUACGUCCCAUCAGAAGAAAUCGCCCAAAAGUUUGAAGAAUUCAAAAAUUUAUUUAGAAUAUCGUAUAUCAUUUAGCAGGCGUACAUUACCUGAACCAGCUCCGAACCUGCCUGAUAAUUAUGAAUCUAUGUCGAAAAAAGAAGUAAAAAGUUUAUUAAGGAGAAGUCAUAGCCAUUUACCAACUAUAAUUUCUUGUUUAAAACGUGGAAGAUUUUCUGAUGCAUUGGAUCUAUCAUUUUUACUGCUUGAUCACCCAUCUUGGGCUGUAUACCACGAACCUUGGCGCCUCUUACGGAAAAGUAUAUUAUGCAUCGGCAAAACAAAUUCCCAAGUUUCACGUGCAUGGAAUAUGCGAAAAUGGUAUUGGAAUAAACUGCAACUUUCUUUACCUAAUUUACCUGUUAUUGCCAAGUCUAUGAAGUUAUUGUUGAAUAAACUCGAUUUGACCGAAUCGAAUCAAUGCGAUGAUGAGGAAUCAAAACUGAAUGAUCGUUUAAAUGUCGAAUUAACAAUUGUUACUAAUAUGAAACCAGUUAUUUUUCCAGAGUUUUCCAAUACAGACUUAUCUUGA